AUGUCAGGAACACUCCUUCUGAUGUCUCUUGUGCUAGGAUUAGGCUCGUUCUUGGUCGGGAUACUCCCCUUGUCGUUUGCAUUCUCAAAGCUUCACAUUUCCAUGCUUUCCACCCUUGGGACGGGUCUCUUAAUCGGAACGGCCCUCGGAGUGAUCAUUCCAGAAGGUGUUGAAGCCGUCGUCUCGUCGCACCGCCACGCGCGCGCUGGAGAAGCGGAGGCUGGCAUACCCACAUCUAUGAUAGCCCUCUCACUUCUCACAGGCUUUGUCUUGAUGCUCGCUGUAGAGCAGGUCUUGGCACCACAUUCACAUUCCCCAUCAUUCGGCCCCGUUUCACUCCAUGAACACAGUACGCUUGAAUUUGAUGCGGAACUAGACGAGCUCGCGCAUGUCGAAGAUGCCGAACGUCGGUCGCCAAGGCCCGGAUCUCACGAAGGUGUCGAGGCAGCGCAGCAGGGGCGGGGUCAUGCCAUAGCUCUUACAUUAGGUCUCUUCAUUCACGCGCUGGCUGAUGGUCUGGCCCUUGGGGCAUCGUUCUUGCCCACCAACCAAUCCUCGUCAUCACAACCCUCCGAACUCUCCUUCAUUGUGUUCAUGGCAUUAAUGGUUCACAAGGGCACGUCUAAUUUUAGCUGA